GUGGAGCGAAAAAGCAGAGUAAAAUCCAAGCAGCCUGCUUCUCUCCAUCUCCCGCACCUGAUUCCCAAGCCAGCGCUGAUUUCAACACAACAAGAGAAAGACAGUAAACACGCGUCGUCUGUGAGCAACGGUGAAGAAAGAACCUAGGGAAUUUAGUCAUCCUGGACGGGAAAUCCAAGGUCGACUCAAAUCCUUAAUGAACUUAAUGGACGUCUUCUAUGCGCACCAGGAGAAGAAAAAGCGGAGGGUUGGGAACCGACGCGUGUCCAACACCAACGCAUAAACCCCAUCGCAGAAGUAUGGAACCUUCUCGUCAAAACUAUGCUCUGUCGUUAACGUUAUAGCCUAAUCGUUCCGUAUGUCUCUACUGAAAAAGGAGUUAAUUGCCUUAUGAAUCCGCGCAACUUUAAAGUCAAUGUGUGGAUUUCCCGUUGAACCAACCUGCAUUUAUAUCGUCCAAGAAGAGCGGAUGACUAAUUAGCGGCUCGCCAAAGAAUUUACUGUGCGGCUCAAACCUUAAACUGCACCUGGUGCAGCAUAACUGCAAGUCCAGUGUCUGCUGUUUUUUUUUUUUUUUCUGUUUUUUUUUGUUUUUUUUUCCAGAAUUGCCUGCUGGACAGAUGAUAGAUUUUUAUUCUAAUCCAUGUCACAAUAUUUAUAUUUGCACUUUUAUUUUUUUCCUUUCCUCGGUUUGGAAUUUAUAUUUGGAUUCUGAGGAAAGGCUGUGCGUUUCACCGUGACCGUUUCUUCUCAGGCGAUUGGCAACUACUUCUCCUUGCCUUGUUUUGGAUACAGUUGAAGCGCAUACAAUACAAGUAGUCUACUGCGUCAAGUAAAACCAAGGUACUAAGGGGGGGCAGACUGCAGUUUCGAAUCCUAGAGAUUAUUUCUCUGACUAUUUUCUUCGUAUUAUGUCUGCACUUCGAAAGAAAUUUGGGGACGAUUACCAGGUAGUGACCACUUCGUCCAGUGGCUCUGGAUUCAACCAGCCGGCGCCGGAGAAGAAGAAAAAGAGGCAGCGCUUCGUGGACAAGAACGGGCGAUGUAACGUCCAGCACGGAAACCUGGGCGGUGAAACCAGUAGAUACCUUUCAGAUUUAUUCACCACGCUUGUAGAUCUGAAAUGGCGCUGGAAUUUAUUUAUUUUCGUCCUAACUUACACGGUGGCAUGGCUUUUCAUGGCGUCGAUGUGGUGGGUCAUUGCAUAUAUUAGAGGAGAUCUCAAUCGAGCCCACGAUGACAAGUACACGCCGUGUGUUGCCAAUGUGUACAACUUUCCAUCGGCGUUUUUAUUUUUUAUUGAAACAGAGGCUACCAUAGGCUACGGCUAUAGGUACAUAACGGACAAAUGUCCGGAAGGGAUAAUUCUGUUCCUUUUUCAGUCUAUCCUGGGAUCAAUCGUAGAUGCCUUUUUGAUUGGCUGCAUGUUCAUAAAGAUGUCUCAGCCAAAGAAAAGGGCAGAGACUUUGAUGUUUAGUGAACAUGCGGUUAUUUCAAUGCGAGAUGGGAAACUGACUCUUAUGUUUAGAGUUGGCAACCUGCGCAAUAGCCAUAUGGUCUCGGCACAGAUUCGCUGCAAAUUACUGAAAUCGCGGCAGACGCCUGAAGGCGAGUUCUUGCCGCUGGAUCAGCUCGAAUUGGACGUGGGCUUCAGCACCGGGGCGGACCAACUCUUCCUCGUCUCACCGCUCACGAUUUGCCACGUGAUCGACACCAAGAGUCCGUUUUACGAACUCUCGCAGCGAUCCAUGCAGACCGAGCAGUUCGAAAUUGUCGUAAUCCUGGAGGGAAUUGUUGAAACCACAGGCAUGACUUGCCAAGCACGGACUUCUUACACCGAGGAUGAAGUCCUUUGGGGACACCGUUUCUUCCCCGUCAUUUCUCUGGAGGAGGGCUUCUUCAAGGUGGACUACUCUCAGUUCCACGCCACGUUUGAGGUGCCUACCACUCCCUACAGCGUGAAGGAGCAGGAGGAGGCUCUCCUGAUCUCCUCCCCUCUGAUGGCGCCCUCCCUGUGCAACAGCGGCGAGAAGAACAGUUCUCUGGACGGCCUGGAGACUCUGGAGGACAUGGAGACCACCACGAAGCUCCCCUCCAAGCUGCAGAAGAUCACGGGGCGGGAAGGCCUGCCCCGGAAGCUGCUCCGGAUGAGCUCCACAGCCUCAGAGAUGACCUACAGCCUGGGCGACCUGCCCAUGAAGCUGCAGCGCAUCAGCUCCGUGCCGGGCGUCUCCGACGACAAGCACCUGGGGGCCAAAAGCAGCAAGAUGAUCGAGCCCAUCAGCCAGUCUGUGGCGGACUUACCGCCGAAACUGCAGAAGCUGGCCGGCGGGGGGACGGGGGGCAGGAUGGAUGGACACCUACCCCCCAAACUAAGAAAAAUGAAUUCGGACCGCUUCACGUAAAAAACCCCCAUCUCUGCCCCUCAAGACAUGCACACACCCCCACUGACUAUUUAGAAUUUGAUAAGAGGGACAAAAUACCCAUAUUGAAGAACAUUAACAUAUACACGGACACACACACUCAAACAGACACAUGCAUAAACACAUAUAUAUGUAUACAACGGCUUGGCUGAAACCUCAAUUCUGAUUGGCUGGGAAGUGUGCAUUAUUUUUCUAUUGAUGCCCGGCUAUGAAUUAGCGCCAGUAAAAGUUGAGUCACUGUCCUAAGUGAAUGCACACCAUCGGCCUGACUUGACAAAGCAAACAUAAAGGACUAGCUAGAGAGUAGCCAGUCUAGUCAUAGCUUAACUUUUUUUUAGUUUAGCCUCUGUUUAAAAUAUAAUUAAAUAGCUGGCAAGCUAACUAUCCAUGAUAACAAAAAUGCUUUGAAACUGAAUUUUAAAAUUACAUGUAGGUAACAUGUAGUUAAGGGCACAUGUGAGUGACCUAGCAUAAAGCUAACUUGGUAGUUAACUGGGUUGAGAGAGAAAGGAAUGCUCUUUGCAAAGCUGUAUAGGGUUUGGGAUUUGCUGGAAUGCUGAAGUAACAUAUCCAUUGCAAUAGAAUCACAUAUUUUGAACGCAUGUUUUGAUUACAAGUUUUGUGUUUUUGGUAAGCCGUUGUAUAAGCGGGAUGAUGACCUAGGGGCUGGGUGUUCUGCAGUUUGAAUGCCCUUCACAGAUGGAGAUUUAUAGUACUACCAGCCCCUGUGUCAUUAUUCCUGAUGUAAACAGACAAGCACACACACUCUAUAAAAUUUAGGGUUAUGGAAUUUAGCACUGUUCUUGGGUGUAAGUAUACAUGCUUUGAUAAGAGACCUCAGAAUUUUUCAGGUGGUUGCAUAAUUAGCACAAACUGGCAUGCAAGUAUCACAAGCGCAUGGAUUACAAUAUGUGUACAAUAUUUUUUCUUUUUUCCCGGCAUGGCAUUUAUAGACACAACGACGAUUUUACAGACAAUAAACAGUGAACAAACAAUCUCGGAGCUGGAGAGCUACAUCACACACAAAAGGGAAAUGUUUUACAGGUUGUUAUGGGUUACGUCCUGUCGUGAAAGGCUCAAACAAUUAAUUUGAGUUGAUUACUUUGGUCAUUCAGUGUGGUAUUUGUGUUUUUUGAACUGUUAAUUUGAAUGCAUGUUAUGCUUAUAUUCCUUAGGCAGAGACACUGAAAUCAGAUGCUUAGUCCGUAUUACAUUUGUUUAUUACAGUCUUAUUUCACAGCUGUAUUUUUGCUACUGUAUUUAAUAUAUAGGAGCUACUAUUUUAUUGUGAAUGAAAUAUAUGGCAUUUGUUAGGGUUGGGCAUACAUAUAAGGCUGGGUGACACUCGGUAUUUUAAACUGCAUAAUUUGCACCUUAAGAAAGCCAAUAUCAUGAAACAAGACAGUAUCACUCACGAUUGCCUUGUGUCAUCCAUCUUGAUGAAGAAGGAUAUUCUCAGACCUAAAUAAAAGCAUUUGUAAUCUAACCACACACUUUUAAGAGUCCAUAUUUUCCAAUGUUCCUUUAUUGAAUGGAAGCAAUAUUGAUAUAGUUAUAAUAAUCUUGCUGCAUCCAUAUAAUAUGUCAGUAGUGAUCAAGGGAUUAAAGAGUUUAGUCAAAACGUAUACUAAGAUCAUAGUUUUGAGCAAUUUCCUUUGUUUUCAUUUUAAAUCACUCAAAAUUGCAUUGGUCAUAGAUGAAUUCCGGUAUGCAGUUACUCAUAAAAUAAUACAUUUGAAGAUGUUUUUCCAUUUUUUAUAUUUUUGAAUUAUAAUUAAAAACUGAAGAUUAUAAUUUUUUUCAGUAGCUGAUUGUAAGAGACUAUAUAUAAAACUUAUCUUCUUGUUUCUCCUCAGCAUAAGCCAGUAAGUAAUUGUUUAUGACCUCUGAAAUCAAAACAAGUAUUCUGAAAUAGUAUGUGAAUGUUGUGGAUGUAAAUGUGUUAAUCAUAUGAUACAUUCACUCAGAGAAUAGAGAAAAUGUCAGUUUCUUAAAUUAAAAGUUGUAUCCUUUCCUACAUGAAUUACAAUCAGCAUUAAAUUAUAAAGAGACCAAAGUGCAGUCUAGCCAAGAUGAAUUUUAUCAUCCCAUUCAAGCAGUGAGACUGGGCUCUAUAUCUGUUAAAGGAGCAACUGAGAUGGAUCGGUGCAUUACAGACCUGACCCUUUCCUCCACCGUUUCCUGUUCGGAAAACGAGACUCAAUCUCAGUAAGGUCCUGAGAACAGAGCCCACCCCAGGAAAAAACAGAACAACUCUCUUCAUCACCACUGUCCAACAAUAGGGAUUAAUCUUUAUAAUAACAUUGUAUGGCCCUUUGCAGUUUUAUACUUAUAUAAUAAAAAAGAAUCCAAAUGUAUAAAUGUUUUUUUCACACGACAAAAUUUGGGAAGCACAAACCAUUAUGUAAAUUUGGUCAUGGGUUGUUAUACUUGAUGACGUCUGUGAAGGCAUGGAGGUGGGCCGUCGCCCGUUAUGGCUAACUGUAUUUUGUUUUUCCCACAGAAGCUCAUUGUAAAGUUAUUCAGAAGCAGAGCCAUAAGACUUCAAAUGAACUGAUAAAUGUACGUACAACAAAGCCCUCACAAGUGUCCAAAUCCCACACCUUUUUCAUAGCAUUGAGCAUCAAAGCUCCAGGAAAACUCCACCGAUGACCGUUUCUUUUUUAGCCAGUCUUUUAUCUUGGUUUGUCAAAAUGUUUUUUUUCUUUCUUCAAACUGACUACACAGCAGGUCUGUGUUUGUUGAUGGCACUGUAAACCCAUGGCUAAGAACUAAAUGCUGUAUGUACUGUAUGUUGCAAAUAGAAAUGUCUACCAAACACCUAGAUAUCCAGGCAUGACAAUAUAUCUAUUGUACAAACACACAGGUUUUAAAUGGACUUGUAUGUAUUAGUACUGUAUAAAUUAAUCCUGUAUUAAACUAUGGCAAUUUGGCUGGGUUUAGGUUUUUUCAACUCACAUUUUGCUACUUGUAUAUGUACAGUAUGUUGUCUUUUUUUCUGAGGGUGGUCAAUUUGCAGUCUUGUGCUCAAAAUCCUUUGUUCCUGUACAAAAUCGUGAAUCUGUUAUGUUGGGCAUUUUAAACAUUUUUCACAAUGCUUUAAUGAAACCAUAGUUUAAGGUGAGAUUAAAUCUGUCAUAAUGUAUCUUAUCACAGAUUUAAACUCUAAAGUGUUAUUCAAGUGUGUGUGUGUGUGUGUGUGUGUGUACGUGCGUGUUCGUCUGUGUGUGUGCAUGUUUGUCUGUGUGCGUGUGUUUGUGUGCAGACAUUGUAUGCCAUUAAAUAUUGUUUGAAUAUA